AUGAAGAUGCAAUCAUCAUAUCUCAGAUGCUCAGUAGUUGGCGACGCCUGCGUUGGAAAAACUCGCCUCUUAAAGACUUUUGUCGGCGAGAAAGGAGAUGAAAAAUAUACUCCAACCAUUUUUGAAAACUAUUAUGGUGAAGCAAUAUGUAGAGGAAAAAAGACUAGCAUCGGUCUCUAUGAUUUACCCGGCCAACACGAUUUUAAUCAGAUGAGGAAGUUUGCCCUUAAGGAUAGCAAUGUAAUUGUCAUCUGCUACGACGUCCAAAAACGGAAGUCUUUUGACAACGUACAAUCCGUAUGGAUUCCAGAAAUUCGACAAUUUCUUGGAAAGUCCAUUCCUAUUGUCCUCGUGGGAAUUGCUUCAAAUAAAAACAAUACAAUGAGUGUCUCCAAAAGAGACGCGAUUAAAGUUACCUCUCAAAUGCAACUAAAUGAAUUCUUUGAAAUUGAUGCCGACGAUGAUGUAGGAGUCAACCAUUUAUUUUCUGACAUUGCAUCCAUUGCCAAAAAAUCAAAGAGGAAAGAUCUUUCUUUCUUGAAGCGUCUCUUUUUAAAAUGACAGUUAAACUGAUGUCCCGAAUUUCUUUUUUCCUUUAAAUGGAACCAAAGAACUAGUUCAGAAGGAAGCGGUACGAAAUCAAGUAGUUACGAUAUCAACAGACAAUACACGUAACCUCCAAUAGGCUUUGAUCCAUGAUCGGUUCAGGCUUUUGUCAGGAAAUUGAUUCAAUCAGUAUCUCAAAUGUGAGCGAUUGAAUUCCCAAACAGGCUUGCAAUGUAUCGUAUCUGAGACUACAAAUCGAAGAAGAAAGCGCGAACGACUUUAUUAUUCUAUAUAUUUCUGAUCUGAUAACAACA